AUGUUUCUGGACGCGAGGGAAAUGCCACUGCCAUGCCCCACCGCGACACUCCCAGAGACACUCCAAGUGUUAGCGGAGCAUCCCUGUGGUGGGGCGGCGCUGGUGCACGCCGCGUUGGCUCGGCUGCUGGCACUGGACGCCACAGAUGCAGACUCCGAGGCGAUUGCCUUGUUUCAACUGCCAGCGACAGGUCCAACUACUGUUCCUACUGCCGCUGGAAGUGGCAACGCUGCAGCUGAUUGUAGUGCUGAACUUCCACCAUCGCCAUCGUCAUCGUUAUCGUCGGCGCCCCACUUGACGCUGCGGCUUAUGGCUGCGCAUGCCAACGACGCGGUUGUACGUGAGCGCUGUUGCCGUUGCAUUGCCAACAUGUGCCAGCUCUCCCACUUUUCCUUGGCGCGUCCUGCUGUGGAAGCGUCCGGCGUUGACUCCGACAACAGUAGUGCGGGGAGUGAGAAUAGUUUCGCCGACGCACUGGUGGAGCAGGGCGCGGUGGAGUUGGUUCUGGGCACACUCGCAAUGUCCUCUCGGUUGAGCGCAAAAGGACUUGCGUGGGCCUCAUUGGCGGUGCUUAAUCUUGUCUGCCUCUCCCGCGACGGCGCACGGCGCGCAGCGAGGGCAAAGGGCGAGUCUGUGCUAGCAGACGUUAUUACAGGCAUAACGCACGAGUCCCUCGCCGCGGGGUCGCCCAGCAGUGUGCAAUGUUCCGCCUUGGACGCGAUGCUGGGGGUGCUUGCGCGCCUCUUCACCACCGAGGCGGACGACAACGCGGCUGGGGUUCGCUACCGCUGUGAGCAGGCGGCGUACGGGACGGUGGAGGCGGUGGGGGCGGCGCUCGCGUGGCUCUCGGAGUCGGCAAUACGUGAGGUUCGCGGCUCAGCUGCACUGCGGGGGGUGCGUGACGGGAGCAUCGGAGGUCGUCGCGGGGGGACGGUGUUUUUCCCCACCGCAACUCCGUCGCAGCAGGCGGCAGUGUUGAUGUUUCUUCCGUCGCUACACAAGGCCUGGAUGACGCUUAAGAGCAUUAGUGGCUGCAGCCGGAACCUGCCGAUGGUGUACGAGGCGCUCCACAUGCCAGGGGAUGGCGGCGGUCUGCGGGCCGCGAUUGACGCCGUGCUGCUCUUUGGCGUGGAGCUUGAAGGCUUGGCCGCCGUUGGCGCCGCCGAAGAAGCCACGCUGCAGCAGAACUUGCUUCUCCACGCGAUGGAAACCUUUGCGGAUCUUUCGGCGACGCGCAAAGACUUGGGCAACCGCGCCGUGGCGGAAGCCGCCGCUCUGUCUGAGGCCGCGGAAGGAGUCUACUCCCUGCGCGGGGGGGCCGUGGAGGGUGAGGGCGGUGAUGCAGAGGGCAUUUCUGCGGUAUUUCCCACCGAGGCGGCACUGAGUGUGUCGGAAAUCUUGGCCGAGGGCGUGGUAAGCAACAUUGCGGUGUCGACUGUGGUGCGACUGCACACGGCAGAGGCGGAGGCGGCGGAGUUUCGCGAAGGCGGCAGCCAAACGGCCGCCGUUCACGUGUAUGACGGGGCCGUGUUCGAUCUGCUUGCCAAGAGUCUGUUGACGCUGGCAAAUUUGGCCGGCCACGACAUUGCGGUCGCGUCACUGAACACCUUGGCGCCCCUGCACGCCAUGCUGCAGGACGCCACCGACUGCCUCGCCGCGAUCAGGGCGGCGCACCGCGCCUCGCCCUCGCAGCUCCUCGCCAGUGCCUCCCAGCAGGAGCUGAUGGCGGUGGUGCAGCAGUGCGCGCUGGCGGGGCAGGUGUACGCCGCGCUGUGGGGCGUCCUCCGCACACCCGAUGGCGCACGUGCCGCGAGCGACCUGCGGCUGCGCGACGCAGUGCGGGGGCUACAGACGGUGCUGGAGGCUGUCUGCGCCGACGCCUUCCCCGAUGGGAGGCGGGCGGCCGCCGAGGGCGGCGGCGCGGCAGCCACGCAGGAAGGCUCCGCGGCACAGCAGAGCUCCGCACCGGCGGCAGCAGCAGCGCCGACGAUUUCUGCCGCCGCAGAAACCCUGCAAGCGCUCAUUCCCCUUGGGCAGAGGGUUCUGCAGUGCCUGCUUCUCACAUCUGCUGGGGCGAGCCCGGCGCAGGAGGGGCGCAUGCAGCAAACGGGUGUAUCCGGCUCCGCCGAGGGCACCGUUAACGCUAUUCACACGUAA